UAGCGCCGCCCGCUACCUGGGAGCCGAACAGGAAUCAGCGAUUCUCACAGUAAAAUCUGUCGCGUUCAAAGACAUCAUCGGGUAACUGAUGUACUGAUAUCGAAAAAGAAAAAAAUAAGAUGGCCUCUCCUCAGCCUGGCAGCCCACCUCUUGCAGAGCAGUACCCCCCACCUGAGCAAGAAGAGACCCAACAAGAAGAGGAGGCCGUAACGGAUCAGUCUGCUAAAAAACGUGGCAGGGGCAGGCCUCCAAAAGCCAAAAUCCUCGUCAAAUGCUCCACGUGCRCAAAGGCCUUUAGGAGUCUGUCGGCUCUGCAGAGCCACACGCUGUCGGCGCACGCAAAGCAGCAACAUGCGUGUUCGGAGUGUGCGAAAACAUUUUCCAGCAAAGCUCAGCUCUCGAAACACGAGCGCACCCACUCGUCCCAGCGCCCCUUUCAGUGUUCGGAUUGCCACAAAGCCUACAAGACGUCCACAGAGCUACGGAACCACAGCCGCUCCCACACCGGAGAGAAACCCUUUGUGUGCACAGAGUGUGGCAAGGCCUUCAUGCAGGCCAUCUGUCUGAAGAUUCACAUGACGCAGCACAGUGGAGAGCGACCCUACUCGUGCCGCCAGUGCUCCAAGAGCUACCCCACGCUGUCCAAACUAAAGGUGCACGAGCGCUCCCACACUGGGGAGAAGCCGUACUUCUGUGCUGAAUGUGGGAAGAGUUUCGCGGAUCCUUCUGUGUUCCGGAAACACAAACGGAACCACCAGGGCCACCGGCCGUACGCCUGCAACGACUGUGGCAAAACCUACACYGAGCUGAAGGACCUAAAGAACCACGAACGCUCGCACACCGGAGAGAAACCAUUCCUGUGCUCUGACUGCGGCAAAGCCUUCUCCCGCUCCUCCUCGCUGGCGUGCCACCAGCGCAUCCACUCUCAGAGCAAACCCUACCAGUGCGAGCUGUGCGGGAAGGGCUUCACCCAGCUGUCGUCCUACCAGUCCCACCUCCGCACGCACUCGGGCGAGAAGCCCUUCCUGUGUCCGCAGUGUGGCAAGAUGUUUUCCGACCCCUCCAGCUUCCGGCGGCACCAGCGAGCGCACCUGGGUUUCAAGCCGUACCCCUGCGACAAGUGCUCGAAGCGGUUCCGGCAGCCGGCYGACCUCGCCGUGCACGAGCGCGUCCACUCCGGGGAGAGGCCCUACAAAUGCCAGAGCUGCGACAAGGCCUUCGUGGCGUCCUGGGACCUGCGGCGCCACAUGCUCGUCCACACGGGCCUCCGGCCCUUCUCGUGCACCGAGUGCGACAAGUCGUUCGCCGAGCGCUCCAGCCUCAACAAGCACCGGCGCGUGCACUCUGGAGAGAGGCCCUUCAAAUGCGAGGAGUGCCUGAAGUCGUUCGUCGUCUCCUCCAGCCUGCGCAAACACGAGAGGACCCACCUGGCCGAGCAGCUGGCRCAGAAGCGGCGGCAGCAGGAAGAGGGUGACGACGACGCGUCCACCUCCGGCUUCRCCGCUCCCACGACUCUCCCUCAGUUCUCCUGCAGCUACUGCGACGCCACAUUCGGUACCUGGGAGGAAGCUCAGACCCACGAGACUCUUCACUCCAUUGACCCCGCUCCUCCGGCUGUYGCCAAAAUCRUGCCCCUGGGCUCGCACGUCUGCGMGACCUGCCACACGGAGUUUGCGCAGCCGGCGGACCUGCAGGAGCACGAGAAGCAGCACCCGAAGCCGAGGCCGCACGUCUGCGACAGCUGCGGCAAGGGUUUCCUCAACAAAUCGGGACUGCGCAAACACCAGAAGAUCCACUCUGCCAGCAAGCCGCACAACUGCCCCCACUGCGGCAAAGCCUUUCUGUUCGCCGCCUACCUUCGCAAGCACUUACGGACUCACGCAGGAACGGCACAAAUGGACGAUCUUCGCGUCAUUCACCUGGACCCGGUCCCUCCUUCCCCGCCUGCCGGUGAACUUUCCGCCUCCACGAUCGAGCCCUGCGCCAUAUCUCUGACGGUCCCYGUGAGCGUCUCUUUGACUUCUUUCCAGACUCUGCCUGAGUACUUAGCGAAGGAUGAGAAACUUUAAACUGUUUUACUGUAUCGAUCAUUUUUAUUUCACAAAUAACAGCAAUCUGGUCUUUUUUAUUAUUAAUUUAGAGAUCUGGGCCAGUGUUUAUCAAACUUCUUAGAGUGGAUUUUAGUCUUAAGAAUUUUGAUAACACCUUCGUCUGAAAGUAGGAGUAAAUUUAAGAAAUUCUCAGCACUUGAGACAAAACUAAAGUAAGGUGUGGAAAACAGGUUAAGUCAGGCAAUACAAAGAAAAACGGGGAAAAUGACACAUCAGUGUGUAUGAUGUUGGACAUAAAGGUGGAUGUUUCUGUAAUACCUUAUUUUUAAUUUUUUWAUAGUCAGAUGGUGAGUGAAUGUAGACUAUGAUGUAAAAUUAUUUCUUAGGAUUUUCACAAUUUUAUCUUGACAUUUCUCAGAAUGUUCUUGAACGUGAAAUCCGAUGCAAUAACUGCGCCUUACGUGUGGUUUUCUAAAAUCACCCAGGAUCAGCACAGUAAAUCAGCUCCAAGGCUGACACUUAAGAUAAGGCUGACACUUAAGAUAAGGCUGACACUUAAGAUAAGGCUGACACUUAAGAUAAGGCUGACACUUAAGAUUUGGUCCUACAUUUCGCUUAAAGUGAGACUGAAACACUUGAUAACUGACUUUUGAGCCAAGAAACUUAACAUCACUCUUAAGAGCUUUCCUAACAAGUUUGAUAAAUACAGGCCCUGAUUCUGAGGGUAAAAAAUGUAUAUUUUAAAUUCACUAUAUAAAAAAAGAGUUAGUGCUUUGUCAUUGUUUUGUGUUACUAUAAUAUUUGAUAAAUGUUACUUAUAUCAGUGUUUUAAAUAUUUUACUAUUAAUAUUCCAUCAUGAAAUUAUCUGUAACCUGUAUUACGAUUAAUGUUGCAAACGCUCACUUUAUACAACUUGCAGUAGAAAAAAAUUACUCAGCUUGUCUUGCCUUUUUUUUUUAGUGAACAUUUUUUUUCCUGGGAUCAAAUCAUUUCACUCUGCAUAUAUUUGUAUUAAUAUCCAAGUAGUUGUGAUUUUAAAAUAAUGGUCAGACAUUCCAAAGUGCAAUCCCUUUUUAUACCAAUGACAUGUAAAAAAAAUGUCUUGAGUUUUCUGUUUGUGCAAAAUAAAAUUGUGUUUAUAAUUUUUCCAGCAUCUGUGUAUAAGUACAAGCUUUUCGAUUUUUUUUAAAUGGAGAGAAGUGGACAAAUAAACUCAGAGAUGAGA